AUGGAAGAGCGACUACGCCAGAUCGUCUGGGAGAAGCGCAAAUGGCUGAUCGGAAAGGGCAAUGAUCUACUGCCCGCUGCAAAGGGGGUCAUCUGUGACAUCGACGUGGGUAACGCGAGACCCGUCGCACAACGUGUCAGGAAGAUCUCGCCACAGUUCCGCGAGAAGCUAGCAGACUUGAUUCGGGGGCUACUUAGCGCGCGCAUGAUCCGCGCAUCGAAGUCACCGUGGGCCUCCCCAAUCGUCGUCAUCGUGAAGAAGAAUGGAGUCGACAUUAGACUCUGCGUCGAUUACAGGUUGGUCAACGGGUUGACCCAGCUGAUGGUGUAUCCAAUGCCGCUGGUCACGGAUCUCUUGGAGGAUUUGGACAAGUACCGGUGGUACUGCUCUCUGGACAUGGCCAGCGGGUUUUGGGUAGUGCCUAUGACAGACCGAGCCCGCCUCAUCUCUGCUUUCGUCACACCGUUCGGGUUGUUCGAAUGGCUGCGCAUGCCAUUUGGUCUGUGCAAUGCACCGCAGAUAUACCAGCGAUUGAUAGAUAACGCGCUAUACGGAUUCUGGAAGCUGUCCCCGACGGAGAACACCCGCGAUGUUUUCAAGGACGGGAUCCCGUCUAAACCCGGAGCG